AUGGGCACUCGUCUAGCAUCGCAGAAUGAUCUUGAUCUGAGCUCCUUCACCAAGAAACUGAAGCUACCCUAUAAACCUGAUCUGGAACAGUAUGACACUGGUGCCAUACUGCGGGUAAAGCUUCGCAACUUCAUGUCGUACUCGCUCACAGAAUUUCACUUCGGCCCCAAAAUGAAUCUGAUUAUAGGACCUAAUGGAACUGGAAAAUCCACUUUUGUCUGUGCCGUUUGUAUUGGACUGGCAGGAAAGCUUGAUUUUCUAGGUAAGAGUUCUAUGAAUGUGGAUCAAUUUAUAAAAUCGGGAGAAAAAGAAGCCAGUAUCGAGUUGGAACUCAAGGCUGCUGAGCAGUUUGAAACGGUAACAGUUGAAAGAGAAUUUGUAAGAAGAGGAAAAACAAGCUGGUACAUCAACAAGAAGCCUUCGAACGAGGUUCAAGUCAAGAAACUGCUGAAAGAUUACAAUAUACAGCUCGAUAAUCUGUGCCAAUUUCUGCCUCAAGAUAGAGUGGCAAGAUUUGCAUCACUCAAACCGGAAGAGCUACUCAAGGAGAUCGAAAGACUAUACAAAAAUGGCGAGCUUUUGGAACAGCAUAACAAACUAAUCGAGCUUUACUCUCUGCGUCAAGAAAAAAUAAAAGCUCUGGCAGACAUAGACUUCCAGCUUACAUCUUUGCGAGAAAAGCGCGAAUCAUUGGAGGAACGUGCACAGCAAUACCACGAGUAUCAGCGAUUGGAAAAAGAGCUUCAAAGACAUGAAACAUUACGCCCUUAUGUUGAGCUGAGUACCAAAAAACAUGCUCGUGAAGAGUUGAAGCAGGAGGCGGAAGAGAUGAGCGAAAAAAUCAGAGAGUUUGACCAAAAGAUCCUCCCAAUGAAAGAGAAAUUACAACAGUUUCACCGUAAUUUGGGCAGUACUGAGACGCGAAUAAACGAAUACACUUCUACAAAAGAGAAAUAUACCGAAGAGCUGGAACAGAGUCUGGAAGCUAUCAAGGAGAUUAAUUCCGAGAUACAAAAGUUAAACGACCAGAGACUCUCGCUGGCAACAGAUCUGGAAACGCACCGCAAGAAAUGGCAGCAAUUAUCUGAAGAGCUUGACACGAUGACGCACAAAUUGGAUUCGCUUGAGAUUCUCAGUAAGGAGGAGACACAGGAGCUUAGGGAUCGCAGAACAUCUAUUCAGGACAAGCUGUUGGAAGAACAGGAGCCAAUAGAUGGUCUGGAGACAGAUAAAAGAGCACUGAUGAGGAUUAAUGAACAACUAGAGAACCGCAUCAAGACGAGUGAGAGCAGUCUGAAGUCUAAAGACCGACUACUUGUUUUAGAUUCACAAAGAUUUGGCAACAUAAUAAAAGCCGUCAAACUUUUGAGAGAAAACCGAAAGAAGAUGAAGCUAGAAUAUUUCGAGCCGCCGAUUAUCUCAUUGACUGUCACCGAUGCGAAGUACGGGCCCGCUUUAGAACGGUCCAUUAGGUUCCAAAAUCAAUGUGCCUUCACUGUGCGCAAUAAUGAGGACUAUCAAAACUUGGCAUACUUUCUCUAUGAAAAGAAUCCUGACAUUGGACGCAACAUUGGUAUCCGUACCUUGAGUGAAAACUUCAAUUUUCAGCCACGCAUUCACAGGGAAGAGAUAAAAAAGUACACUUUCGACGGAUACCUGGUGGAUUUCGUUGAAGGCCCACGGGAGGUAAUUCAGAUGGUGUGUGAGAAUGACAGGAUUCACAAUAUCCCAGUGUCUCAUCGGGAUAUCGACGCGUCCAUCAAAGAUGCUCUUUCUUACAAGAUCCGAAACGAAAACUUUCCUAUGAGCGAGUUUAUUGCUGGUGAAGCCUACUAUUCGUUUAAUAGGUCGAACUAUGGGUCUAAGCAGGUUACCGCGAACAUCAGGGGCUUCUCUGCAAAUCGUAUCUCCAUCUUCUCAGGUGGUCUACCAGAUGAUAAACGAUUGGAAAUUCAGCAUCAAAUUGACGAAUGCAGACACAAAAUAUCAAUAAAUAAUCAGACACUGGAGAACCUUGUGCAAAAGAUUAAGGAAAAGCAAGGAAUGCUUAAAGAUCUGGUCAAGGAGCGAGAUGAAUUGACGGCGAAAAUCAGUCGUCAAACUAGAGCAGAAAAGGAUAGGGAGAAGUAUGUCACUCACAUUGAGACAUUCAAGGACAGAAUGAGGGUCGAGAAAAAGGCCAUCAAUAAAAUAAAGCACAAGGAGAUUGAUGGAACUGCUUCAAAGCUGGUCACCAAAAUAGGCAAACUGGAAAAGAAGAAGAUUGAAAUAUAUGAGCGGAUUGAGCCAACGAUAUCGAUGAUAUGCGAACUGGACGAAAAGCUACUCGAUGCGCAGAUUUUUGCGAUCCAGGAAAACAACAAGUUUAGCACCAUCGAGUCAUUGAACGAAUCAAUCUUGACUACACGUGAAGAAAUGUUAGAGAAGAGAAAGGAGCUGAGAGACGCUUAUGUCAAAGCCAAGGAAGAAUACACUCAAGCUUUGAAAGACUACAAAGCCUUGCUAGAGACUUUCUCUGAUGAGGAUCGUUCAGAGCUCGAAAAAUUGGUUGCAGAACUUCAAGAGAGAAAUUCUUUGACGGAGGAAGGUCUCAAUGCCGAAAUCAGUAGGAUCAAAUCACAGAUGCGUUUACGCCGAAACGGUGCUGGCGCAGACUCACUAAAACGCCUGGAAGAGGUUGAGAAGGAGAUUCAACAGUACGAGCAGAAAUUGCCUGAAUUUGAUGUUGACGUCGGUAUUCUUGAUCGACAAAUACAAGAUCUUGUCUCAAUUUGGAGACCAAAAUUGGACUCAGUCAUUCAAACUAUAGCAAAAGACUUUAGUGAGAAUAUGAAGGCCGUGGCUAGUGCUGGUGACGUGCAGCUUGAUAGUGAGUCAGAAAACUUCUCCGAGUGGAAACUCAAAAUCCUUGUUAGCUUCCGUGAUAGCCACGCGUUAAUGCAAUUGAAUGCGGCACAACAAUCCGGAGGAGAAAAAUCCGCCACGACGGCUGUGUUCCUAAACUCUUUACAGGGCCUUACGAAUACGCCAUUUCGAGUUGUCGAUGAAAUUAAUCAAGGUAUGGAUUCAAAGAAUGAGAGGCUCAUCCACGAAUUGAUUGUUCGCAAAUCGUGCGCGGGACGUGGCUCACAGUACUUUUUGAUCACUCCUAAAUUACUCACGAAUCUCUACUAUGGCACCGGAAUGCGCGUACACUGCAUUUUGGCUGGAAGAUGGUGUCCGGACUAUGAGGAUACAGUGGAAUUUUUGGAGAUGGGGUUGACAGAUAAAUAUUUUUGA